AUGUCAUUCACAAAUCGUCAAGUAGGUGGUAAAAACACUUUAGAUUAUAAAUUAUUUUUUGAAAAAGAUGGUAAACCAGUUUCACCAUUUCAUGAUAUUCCAUUAUAUGCAAAUGAAGAAAAAACCAUUCUUAAUAUGAUUGUUGAAGUUCCAAGAUGGACAAAUGCAAAAUUAGAAAUUUCAAAAGAAAUUAAAUUGAAUCCAAUUAUUCAAGAUACUAAAAAGGGAAAAUUAAGAUUUGUUAGAAAUUGUUUCCCACAUCAUGGUUAUAUUCAUAAUUAUGGUGCUUUCCCACAAACUUGGGAAGAUCCAAAUUAUACUCAUGCUGAAACUAAAGCAAAAGGUGAUAAUGAUCCAUUAGAUGUUUGUGAAAUUGGUGAAAGAGUUGCCCAUGUUGGUGAAGUUAAACAAGUUAAAGUAUUAGGAACAAUGGCAUUAUUAGAUGAAGGAGAAACUGAUUGGAAAAUCAUUGCAAUAGAUGUAAAUGAUCCAUUAGCUUCAAAAUUAAAUGAUAUUGAAGAUGUUGAAACUCAUUUACCUGGAUUAUUAAGAGCAACAAAUGAAUGGUUUAGAAUUUAUAAAAUUCCAGAUGGUAAACCAGAAAAUCAAUUUGCUUUUAGUGGAGAAUGUAAAAAUAAAAAAUAUGCAGAAGAAAUUAUUACUGAAUGUAAUGAAGCUUGGGAAAAAUUAAUUUCUGGUCAAUCUGUUGAUUCUCAUGGUAUUGAUUUAACUAAUACUACUCUUGCAAAAACUCCUAAAUUUGAUGAUAAUGUUGAUAUUCCAACCGCUUCUCCUGCUGAAGCUGCUCCAAUUGAUAAAUCUAUUGAUAAAUGGUUUUUCAUUUCUGGUGCUCAUUAA